AUGUUUACCGUUUAUGUGACAACGGGUUCAGCAGAUCCAUUAAGUAUCCCUGUUUAUAAGAUCAGUUACAGCGGUUCUAUUUCGGUUCCACAAAGCUGCAAAAUUGGCACAGGUGACUUUUUAGAAAUUAAGUUUGGGGAAAUCCCAGCCUAUGCCUUUAGUCAGGCGGGUCCUGGCAAUAAACCCAACAAUGUCAAUAAACAGAGUCAUACCUUAGCGAUUCAAUGUACCAAUAUUGAUGCCCAAGCAAUGCUGACACUUCGGCUUGAGGCUGAAAAAGCCACUGGAGAUAUGAUGAUCUCAGAUAAUCCAGAUAUUGGCUUUAAGAUGUCAGAUCAAAAUGACAAUGUGUUGUUGCCCAAUAAUAUCAAUAGUGUGAUUCCAUUUAAUCUUAAACAACAGCCAGCAAAUGUGACCAUCAAAGCUUGGCCCCUCUCUCAUGCUCAAAAUACCAAUGUAGAGCUAGGUCGGGUGAAUAUUGAGCUUUCAGGAAUCGUGACGACAGCAACCUGUGGCGUAUUAAGUUCUGAACAAGAUAAAUAUAUUCAGCUUGGAAGCGUUGCAAGCAAAGACUUACCCAAUAUUGGUAGUCAAUCAAAACCAACCCCGAUUCAUUUUGAGAUGAGUAACUGUCCGCCGAAUGGAUCUGUGACCAUCACUUUUGAAGGGCCUCGAAAUAACGAAAAUGCUGAACUUUUAGCGCUCGAUGCCUUAGCCAAUAAAGCUGAAAAUAUUGCCAUAGAAAUCCGAGAUCAAGAUAAAAAAAGAUUGCCUUUAGGCAAGAAAAGCGAAGCUUUUAGCACAGACAUCAAUGGCAAUGUUUCGGCUCUCUUUUAUGCAAAUUAUAUCGUGACCAAAGCACAAGCCCUCGCAGGGAUUGCAAAUGCAAAUGCUCAGUUUUCUAUUCAAUAUGAUUGA